AUGAGGCGGAUUUUUCUACAUUUUCAGGAAGUGGGUGUUUUGUUCAACACUGGAGAGGUUGUGAGAAGCUCUUUAGAUGAGCUAAAAGAAGCCGUAUAUUCUGUUCGUUGUUCCGAUAAGUUCACAACGCGUACUACGCUAGUUGCUCCUGCUCACAGGGAGCUAUUUGUAUUGGCAACUGAUGGAGGAACGGAAGCCCUGCGUGAGGUAGCCCUACAGAGGACAUCGUUGGCUUGCCGUCUAUGGAUUUCUACUUUAUGGAGCUCUUUCAAAAAUGUACUCGUUGGAAUAGCUGUCGGUGAUGCUGCCCUCCCUUUGGAAAAAGCGACACACUCGGAAUCACUGAACUUUGCGCUUCUGCAUGCUCCUACGCGGACACUUCAGCAGUUAUUUGAGAGAACGUUAAAUGAGCGAGACUAUUCUCGAGCGAAGAGCCUGGCAGAGAGUUACGAUACGAUCGACAUUGACGUUGUACUCAAAGCAGAAUGGCGUGAUGUUUGUCAGAGCCAGUCAGUGACUGUUGAGAGUGUGGACAAUAUACUGCGCCAAAUCAGUGAUCAAGACUGGGUGAUUGAAACCUGUGCUACAAGUGAUGCACCAUCUCUUUCUGUACAGAAGGCGCUUGUAGAUUUGGGCACAUCAUUCCCUAGCGCUUCUUUACUCCUUCAAGUUCGUCUACAUCACAAUGCUCGAAUUCUCACAGUUUGCGAGGACGUGGAGCAGUACAUUGAACUGCGUAAUUUGUCAUGCCUGGAGGCUGCGUUCCGAUUUGCAGAGCUGGCCUGUGCUGUCUCGCCUUCCCUUCAAGUCGCUAGUUAUGCACCUUGGUUUUCCAUGUCUUUGAACGAGUCAUCAUCAAAGUUGGUCGCUGUGUCUAGCAAUGGCGACUUCCACCUGUUUGAUAUCCCAUAUACACGCCCAGCAUUUUCUAUACGGUAUAUUUCCGGGCCUCGACCAGUUCAAGCUGUUUUCAUCGAGGACGAGGAAGUAGUGUUUUGUUCAACACUGGGAGAGGUUGUGAGAAGCUCUUUAGAUGAGCUAAAAGAAGCCGUAUAUUCUGUUCGUUGUUCCGAUAAGUUCACAACGCGUACUACGCUAGUUGCUCCUGCUCACAGGGAGCUAUUUGUAUUGGCAACUGAUGGAGGAACGGAAGCCCUGCGUGAGGUAGCCCUACAGAGGACAUCGUUGGCUUGCCGUCUAUGGAUUUCUACUUUAUGGAGCUCUUUCAAAAAUCUCGUUGGAAUAGCUGUCGGUGAUGCUGCCCUCCCUUUGGAAAAAGCGACACACUCGGAAUCACUGAACUUUGCGCUUCUGCAUGCUCCUACGCGGACACUUCAGCAGUUAUUUGAGAGAACGUUAAAUGAGCGAGACUAUUCCCGAGCGAAGAGCCUGGCAGAGAGUUAUGAUACGAUCGACAUUGACGUUGUACUCAAAGCAGAAUGGCGUGAUGUUUGUCAGAGCCAGUCAGUGACUGUUGAGAGUGUGGACAAUAUACUGCAAGAUUCGGCGCCCGCCCACAAGGCCAAGGUCGUCCAAGCGUGGUGCAAGAGCGAACUCCCCGACUUCAUCUCGGCAGAAGAAUGGCCGGCAUCGUCACCGGAUUUGAACCCACUGGACUAUAACUUGUGGUCCUACCUUGAGAGCAAGGCCUGCGCCACACCCCAGCCAAUUGGAUUCUCUGAAGGCAGGCUCAUUCGAGAAUGGGACGAAAUCGACGACGCACUCCUGCGUCCGGUCAUCGACGCCUUUCCCAAGCGACUCCGCGCUGUCGUCCGUGCCAAAGGUGGCCGAAUCGAGAAGUAA